CUCUCAUAGAAUAGUAAGUAAAGGCUGCAUAAUAAGGAAUACAAUGAGCUUUCAUAAAUUACACAAAAAAGAGAAAUAGGCUUGGGACAGAUUUGUGAUCAAGGAAAAAACAUUUCAUUCUAGGUCAGGGCCAAGGAUGAAGCAACAGGUAUGUACUAUGAUAAAGCAAGACCAUGUGAAACUGUUGCUUUGAACUUAUAAUGAGCUUAUAGAAUGAAACACUGCUUUGUACUGAUUAUCGACAUUCUUCUGUAACUCCCUUUUUGUGUAACAUUUUGUCUGUGAGGUAAUUUUAUGAAGAACUUAUGUCUAAGGUCUAAAAAGCCUCAGAGAAAAAAUAAAUGUGGCUGUUUGGGCUCUGCUCUAUCCACCAAAUGUAUAUAUACACACACGUACACACACAAAUAUGUAUAUAUACAAGUAUAUAUGUAUGUACAAUGUGUCUACAUGUAUGUCUAUAUAUACAUACAAAUGUAUAUGUAUAUAAGUAUUCAUGUGCACUUGUAAAGUUGAUGAAACAGGUGGUCAGGCCCAGCUAAAGAGUGUGUGUGUGUGUGUGUGUGUAUGUGUGCACGACCUUCUCUCUACCCUUCUCUUUCUGAACAACCUCUUAAGAGCUCACAAUUUCUUGCUGGGCAUUCUUGCCAGCCCUGGAUAACUAAGUUUUGUUCCAUCAGCAGUGCUGAGCUCGUAAAUUGCCAACCACUGUCAGUGAGGCCUCCAUUGGCUGCUCUUAGCCCUGAUUGAUCCCAAUGCACACACCAUACGUUGAUGCUUUUCUUAGUUACCUGGAUGUCAGAAGAGGCUUCUGGCAAGUUCUUAGCCUGUCUCCUUUUAUCUCCUGCCUCUGAUCAGGACAGAUUAUGGCCAUCUGGUUCACCUCCCAUGGACAUGUAGCUUCAUCUCCAGAUUCAGCUACCAACAUUGCUAAGGAAGUUAGCCUUCCUCCCUGGAUACCAGGCUCCAGGCUGAUUGCCUUUGGUCUCCAUUGUUCAAAGGAGCCCAAGCCCUGGAGAAGAUGGACAUCUCACUGAGCCCAAGGUCUUCCUUUCACAAUGUGAUAAGAACACACUGGACAAGGGCUGGGGUUUGAUCCCAACUCUGCAAGACAGAAAAGUGAUCACACCUAUCCUGCUCCUGUGAGGCCCCUCAAGGGCAGAUCAGGGAAAUGCUCCCAUUCAAAGCACUUGCAGCCUUCCUGGAUACGAGGGCAGGGCUCCACCUUUGGCACAACUCCCAGCCCUGGCUUAGCUGCUUGGCAACAGCUCUGUGUCUGUGAGUGAGGAUAUACUAUGGCAGCCAAGAGGAUACUGGUGUAUCGAAAUGGGGACGCCUUCUUCCCAGGUCACCAGAUGGUGGUGACCCAACGCCGCUACCCCACCAUGGAGGCUUUCCUUUAUGAGGUGACAUCAGCCGUGCAAGCCCCACUGGCUGUACGAGCCCUCUACACACUUAGUGAUGGCCACCCUGUCACCAACCUGGCUGACCUACAGAAUGGAGGACAGUAUGUGGCUGCUGGCUUUGAACGAUUCCACAAGCUCCACUAUUUGCCUCCUGGAAGGAAACACCCAGGUGGGAAGAACAGGCGACAACAUGAGCCUCCCAUGUCUCAGCGCCCAUGUGAUGGGGCCUUUGGACAGUGGUUGCCAGCAGACACCCCCUGCUACAUCCAUGUGUUCAGGAACGGGGACCUGCUAAGUCCCCCCUUUAGUCUGAAGCUGUCCCAGACUGCCAUUCAGGACUGGGAAACGGUGUUGAAGCUGCUUAAUGAGAAGGCUACGUUACAGAGUGGGGCUGUACACAAACUCUGCACCCUCGAGGGGCUCUCACUGUCCACAGGGACUGCUCUGGUGAAUGGCCAUUACUAUGUGGCUGUUGGAGAAGAAGAAUUCAAGGCCCUCCCCUAUAUGGAACUGCUGGUGCCCAGCCCCUCUCUGUCCAGGGGCUGCUGGUGUCCUCCAGGCCUGAAGUAUAAAGCCCAUAGGCAGAGGGUCCAGGGCUCCAAGGCCCCGGCAGCCCAGCCCCCUCCGAAGGAGCCGGGAGAAACUGAGCCAUCCACUUUCUAUGCCAGGUCCCAGCAGUCCCUUCAGCCAUGGAGCAAGCUCCCUGCUCUCUCAUUUGCAUCAGGAGUUAAGGGAGUGUAUGGGGCUCCAUACCCGAGGAAGGAGACAGCUGGGGCUCAGGAAGUGUAUGAGGACGAAAACACCUGCACAGAGGAGCCUGUGGAUCAGAGGGCAGCAGAGACAGUAGAAGAGGCCUUGUCUGUGCAACACCAGCCUGGGCCUGAAGCUGUAGCCCCAACCUCCGCCCAAGCUCCACCAUCUUAAGAGCUGGGAGCUCCAGAUACAAACUGGGGACAACCACUCCCAGCCACCUCUAGUCCCCAGCCCUCAGCAACCUGUUCUGGAGAAGCCAUGCCUCCCGGGCUCAGCUGGAGGCUGAGUAAGUUCUAUGGGGCUACUUCCUUAUGUGAUCCCUACAGAGACACUACAGACAAAUAAAACAUUUGCUAAG